AUGAUAGGCAGCAGGCCUCGCAGCCCUAGCCCUGCGCCCUGGUGGGGACCGCAGCCAGCAGAACCCGGGCCUGCCAAGCGCCGCCGACUGGAAGAGCCCGCGGACCCCAAGCCCGAGGCGACACCCGUCCUGGAAGAGCCCGCGGGGCCCCGGGCCGCGGACGCGCUCACCUCCGUGGUGGUGCUGGCGGCGGGCUGUGUCCUGCAAGUGCCCCUGGGCGACGCCGAGCUGAUGCUGGCGCCUGAGCCGACGUCGGUCCUGCAAGUAUCUCUCGGAAAUCACACCCUCAUCCUGGUCCCCGAGGCCCUCCUGGGCUCCGUGGAUGAGCGGUCCGGAGGAGAGGACUACACGCCCGCUGGCCUUGAACCUGGUUCUUUGCUGGACACUCCGGAGCAAGACGUCGUGGUGGAGCAGGGAUUCUUCUGCGCAUCCGCCGACGAGACCGACGAGGAAGACGUGGAACUAGAGUACCUGGAGCCCUGGGUGGACCCUCCAGGCUCAGUCGCUGGGCUCCUCGGCUCCUCUAGAAGGGUCCUCAGCUCCUGCUCUCAGGGCCUCAUUCCAGAGCCUUGUCCUUGGGCGCCCGCUCCAAGUCCAGAGAGACGCUCUCCUGAUCCCUACUUCAACCUGGACGUCCACCUUCUGAGGCCCUUCCCCAACUCACCACUCCAACCUUUGCCUCCCUCUCCUAGUCCAGGCCCCCACGAGCGCCCUCAGCGCUCUCCCCGCCCUCCGUGCAAGGCCCGGAGACGCCUGUUUCAGGAAUGA